GUAAUUGAAAUAGAAAUCAUACCAAAAACAGCCCCAAACCAGAUAUCGGCGGAGUCGCCGUGUCUUCCCCUUGUCGGGCUUUCUUGGGUUAGGGCUAUCCAUUUGUUUCUGUUUGGGCACCUCUGGAAGUUUUGAUUCAGUUAUUUGACAAUCCAGGUUGCCUUUUUGUUUGUUGAUCUCACUGGGUUGCAUGUAUCACUUACAGUUUAAAGUUUUCGAGAUUCGUGAGAGUUCUGGGCUUUUUUGCCUGUAGAACCUGAAAUCCAUGGUCGUCUGCAUUCCAUGGAUACAUCUUCCGUUCAGUCCACUCCUGCAGUCGAAGAAAAUGAAUGGGGAAUGAUGAAGCAGAGCUAGUCAAGGGAACUGUUCAAAAUGCUUCGAUUCGAUUGAAUAGGGUCCCCUUGAUUGAUGUUAAAUACCCUACUGGAUUAAAAUCCCGUGUAGAAUAUGUGUUAACUCUACUAUCAAAUACCACUUCUAAGGAUGUUUUGUUUCUAGGGAUAUGGGGUUUGGGUGGUAUUGGGAAAACAACCAUUGUGACAACAGUAUACAACCGCAUCUGUGGAAAGUUUAGCAAGAGUUGUUUUCUAAAUGACAUUGGAGACACAGCAUCACAACCCAAUGGUAUCGAUUGCUUGCAACAAAAACUUCUUUGCAGUGUCUUUAACAAUGAAAUGAAAAUAUGCAAUCCUAAACAAGGAUCAACAUUGAUAAAAGAAAGACUUGGGAAAAUAGAUAUUCUUCUCAUUCUGGACGACGUGAGCCAUCAUACCCAAUUAGAUGCAUUGGCUGGUGAUAUCAAUUGGUUUGGUACUAGAAGUAGGAUAACUAUAACAACUAGAGAUCAGGGCACUCUUUGUAGAAUUCCAGAAAAUGAUAGAAAAGUAUACGAGCCUAAAGAAUUGAAUAUGAAAGAGAGUCUUCAACUCUUUAGUUCUUAUGCUUUUUCUAUGAACAAACUUCCUGAAAAUUAUUUGCAGCUUUCAAAUGAUAUAAUACACACUACAAGAGGGUUGCCCUUAGCCUUGGGUGUUUUGGGUUCUUAUUUAUCCAUGGAAAAAGAUAAAAAAGUUUGGCAAAGCAUGCAUCAGAUAUUGAAACAAGUUCCUCAAAAUGAUGUCUAUGGAAAGCUAAGGAUCAGCUAUGAUAAUCUGCAAGAUAAUAUUGAGAAGGCCAUGUUUCUUAAUGCUGCGUGUUGUUUUAUAGGAUAUAAGGAAGAAAUUGUAAUUUCCAUAUGGGAAGCUUGUGGCUAUGAACCAAGAUACCAUUUAGAAGCUUUGAAGAAAAAAUCCCUCCUAAAGAUUAAUGAGCAGAAAGUGCAUAUAGAAUUACCUACUAAUUUUUAUCAUGAAGAAAUAGUUAUGCUUGACUUAAGUCAUGGCUAUUUUAAACUAGCUUGGAACAACUGUCUUGAAAAUAAGGUGUUUCAACAAUUGAAAGUUCUUAAACUCAGUAAUUGUGUGAAACUGUUUGAGUCUCCCAACUUCUCAGGAUUUCCUCGUUUAGAAAGGUUGUAUCUUGAUGGUUGCGCUUUGGUUAAUUUACAUGAAUCUAUUGGGAAGCUCCAGCAGCUCGUUUACUUGAACUUGGGCCUCUGCAUUUCUCUUAAGAAACUCCUAGAUAGUAUAUGUAGGUUGAGUUCUCUCCAGAAGCUUAUUCUCAAUCAUUGCAUCUUAUUCACAGAGUUGCCUAAGUCCAUUGGUGAUCUAAAAGAAUCUUUGGUUGAGUUUCUCUUGGAUUAUACAAAUAUUAAGGCACUUCCUGAUGGUGUUGGAUUAUUAAAGAAGCUGGAGGUUUUAGAUCUUUCACACUGCUUUAGUUUGGUGGAUCUGCCAAGGUCAUUGGAAAAUAUGACGUAUUUGCAUUAUAUUCUCCUUAGUGGACGUACCAAGCUUCGAUACAUACCAAAGCUGCCCUCUAGUUUAAUUGAACUUCGUUUCUAA